AUGGACGAAAUGGACGUGGACGGGCCUGCGGGUACGAAGCGGAAACUAAAUGACAGUUUAGACGAGACUCGACCCGCUCGGCGCAUUAAGGCGUUGGAUCCAGAUGUAGUAAAUAAGAUUGCGGCUGGCGAGAUUAUCGUUGCUCCAGUACACGCUCUCAAGGAACUCAUCGAGAAUGCGGUGGAUGCCGGCUCCACGGCUUUGGAAAUCCUCGUCAAGGAUGGUGGGCUGAAGCUUCUCCAGAUCACGGAUAACGGCUGCGGUAUUGAGAAGGACGACCUGGCAAUCCUAUGCGAACGCCAUACUACGUCCAAGAUCACGGCGUUUGAGGACUUAUCCUCCAUAGCAACUUACGGCUUUCGAGGAGAGGCCUUGGCUAGCAUAAGUCAUAUUGCCCAUCUGUCAAUUACUACCAAGACAAAGGAUUCAGCCUUGGCAUGGCGUGCACAUUAUUUGGAUGGCAAAAUGGUUGCCCCCAAGCCUGGCCAGACUGCCGAGCCUAAGGGAGUGGCAGGACGGCCUGGGACACAAAUCACUGUAGAAGACUUGUUUUUCAGUAUUCCGACCAGACGAAGAGCUUUUCGGUCACCAUCUGAUGAGUACAAUAAAAUCAUUGACAUGGUUGGCCGCUAUGCCAUCCACUGUCAAGGCGUCGGAUUUACUUGUAAAAAGGCUGGCGAAGCCUCCAACACCUUGUCCAUUCAGAGCCACGCCACGACUCUUGAUAGGAUACGGCAAAUCUAUGGCAGCAAUGUCGCCAACGAAUUAGUAGAGUUUGAUGCUUCUGAUGCACGAUGGGGCUUCAAGGCUCACAUGUUGGCAACAAACGCAAACUAUCACAUCAAGAAGACGACGUUUCUGCUCUUCAUCAACAACCGGAGCGUUGAAUCGUCCAACGUAAAGAAAGCAAUUGAGCAAACAUAUGCGAAUUAUCUACCCAAAGGAGGCCAUCCCUUCCUCUACCUCAGCCUGGAAAUCGACCCUGCACGAGUAGAUGUCAACGUCCACCCGACGAAACGCGAGGUCCAUUUUCUCAAUGAAGAUGAAAUUCUUCACACAGUUUGCACAGAGUUAGAAUCACAAUUAUCAAAUGUCGAUACUAGUCGUACGUUUAAAACUCAGACGCUGCUCCCAGGAGCAAAACCGGUACCAGAAAGCAUGGACGAGGACGAGCCACCGCCCCGAGUCACGAUAACAGGCAAGAGGAGGCGAAAUUCCAAUGAUCUAGUUCGAACGGAUACAUAUGCACGCAAAAUUACCACCAUGUUCUCAUACGCAGACGACGCCGAGGGAUCAAAGGAGAAAACGACUAAAGAGGAGGAAGCACUGGCUGUACCCGAGAAAAUUGAAUACGAAACAAAUGAUCGAGAGGUGACCGUUUGUCGGUUGAACAGUAUCAAGGAGCUACGAAGCGAAGUACGAGACGCCAUGCAUAACGAUUUAACGGAGAUAUUCGCAUCACAUACAUUUGUUGGGAUUGUAGACGACACCAGAAGGCUUGCCGCUAUCCAGGGCGGCGUCAAAUUGUACUUGGUAGACUAUGGACACACAUGCUUUGAAUAUUUUUACCAGCUAGGGCUGACGGACUUUGGGAAUUUUGGCGUUAUUCGAUUCAGUCCUGCUCUGGGGCUUAGGGACUUGCUGCAAAUGGCAGCCGAGGCUGAGAAGAAGGCCCUCGAUGCCUCGGACGACGAUUUCCCCGUGGAGAAAAUUGUCAAUAAAGUUGCCGAUCAACUCAUUGAGCGCAGGGAAAUGCUGCAGGAGUACUUUUCACUCGAAGUAUCCCCCACGGGAGAGUUAAUUUCAAUUCCAUUAAUGGUCAAGGGGUACACGCCGCCGCUUUCAAAGCUCCCCCGAUUUCUGCUUCGGCUUGGUCCCAAUGUCGUCUGGGAUGACGAAAAGCCCUGCUUUGAAGCCUUCUUGCGAGAACUGGCCACCUUCUAUGUACCAGAACAGCUGCCCACACCGCCGGCUCCAGGUGGUGAGGACAAUGAGGAGGGUAUACCGGAGGAAGUGAAGACGAGAAGACAGCACGUCAGAUGGGCUGUGGAACACAUCUUUUUUCCAGCCUUCAAGGCAGGACUGGUGGCGACAAAGGCGCUUAUGAGCGGGGGAAUUUUGGAAGUGGCGAGUCUAAAGGGAUUAUACAAGGUGUUUGAACGGUGUUGA